UCAACUUUCCUCCACAGCCUCAAAUAAUUGGAUUGUCGAGUGUUUGUAAAUACUGAGUGCCUGUCGAUCGGGACUGUCGUUGUUGUUGUGCUGUCCGUGGUACAGUCUGUUUCCUUUGUAGCGACUUUCUUUCUUCCGUUUGUCUGAAUCGUCCACCUAUUUCCUAAUGUCAAUGUCGAUCCCUCGCUUCAUCCUCCGCACAGGCAGAGUUUGCUCUCUUUCGCCAGCUCGUACAUUCUCUGUUCAGACAGUAUCACGAAAUAAUGCUGGAGCCACCUACAAGGCGCCUGCUCUUGGAGUCAACAAGACUUAUGAUGAAGCUCUCAAAAUCAUUGCAGAGGACAGACUUAAGCGUCUCAGCGAAAUCAAGAAAAUGCAGGAAUCAUUGGCAAAGCUGAUCAAAGCUACUCCUUCUGCCACACGGGACGCUGAGAUCACCAAGCUCCAGGAGGAGAUUUCCAAACAGGAGGCUUAUUCUGAAAUAAAUGAUCCUGAAAUUCAGUGGCGCUUUAAGAAUGGUCAAAUUGACAUGUCCAAGUCAGUAUUCCGCUACAUGAAGAGCAAACAGUUUCAGCGUGAAAUCCUUCCUACUGUUCAACAGCGCGUUACUCAAAUGUUUGUGACGCCAGAUAUUCUUCCUCCAUUUACGCCUUCAAUCGAUGUUCAACUGGAUUUCGGCGCUGGCUCUGUCGUUAAGAAAGCUGCAGGAUCUGGUGUCUCCGAUAAUUAUUUCGAAACUGGAUCAUACUUACUUCCUGGAAAAACCAUCAAGGAGCCAAAGGUCAAUGUUAUCUCUUUCCAUUCCGAACAAAAAUACUAUACUGUAGCUCUAGUCGACCCUGACAUGCCUGAUGCCGAGAAUCAGACAUUUAAGCAACAAUUGCAUUGGCUGAUGACCAAUGUCGCUUUGUCAGCAACACAGACCGAGGUGGCCAAAGGAAAUCCCGACAUUGUACUUCCAUACCUCCCUCCCCACCCACCUAAAGGCACCAAAUACCACCGCUACACACUCUUGCUUGCAGAGCAGCCUAAUGAGGGUCGGGAUAGGGUACAGAUUGAUCAAAGCCAAGUUUCAAGGGAAACUAUACUCAAGGACCUGUGCACACGGUACAACUUGAAUGUUAAGGGCUUAACCUUCUUCCGCCAGGUUUGGGACAAAGAUGUUAGCAUGAUUUAUAGAGAUAUCCUCAAACAAGAUGAGCCUGUCUAUGGCAGACAGCCUAAGGUGGACGAGCUUUUGGAUGAGACUGGACAAAAGAAGAAGAAAUAUAUCAAUCUUUGAAAAAGGGAUGCGGUCUCUUGAGAAGAUACGAUGUUGCAUUUUUUUUUUCUCCUCUUUCUUAUGUUAACAUCUCGGAUAAAGUCACCAUUCACGUUCUUUUUAUUUUUUCUUUUUUUUUUAUUAAUCAUGCCAUUGACCAAAAUAAAUAUCCUAUA